CGCACAUAGUAACUUCCACAGAUAAACAAAAACAUCGAAAAUAACAAAACGCAUUAUAGACAGCCAUCAGCGGCAGCGGUACGGAAAUGUAUCUUGUGAAGUGAAUUUGUUAUUUACUAUAAAUUUAUAUUGAUUGAGCUCAAAAUGGGGACAGAAGUAGCAAUAUCGUUUACGGCACUUCGUGCUCAAUUAGAAUCGGAACGGAGCAGCUUGUACAAAAUAGAUGAAAACAUCAAAAAGAUAGUCCAAACUACGGGUCGAUUUUCUAACGAUAGGUUUAAUAACUCAUCUAGUGACUACUUAAAAGGUGGACAACGUUUAGGAGGCCGAAAUUCAUUCCCUGACGCUAGACAUAAUGACGAUUCUUUUGGAAAGAGAAAACAAGAGACCAAAACAGUUUUUAGCAGAUUAUCAGCACGCACAGCAGGCAGUGACGAUGAAGAGUCUGGCAGCAAGCGUCCACGUGUCAUAUCUCAAGUGUCUCGCGAGCUGCCAACGCGCGCGGCAGUGCUGCGCGCGCAGGGUGGGGAUGAGCAGGCGCGUACGCGCAACAGACGUAUCUUUGGCUCCCUGCUUGGGACACUGCAGAAAUUUAAACAGGAAGAGAUUGUGCUGCAAACUAAGGAAGAUAAAAAGGCACAAGUAGAACGAAAGAUAGAAGAGCAAGCUCGGGUACAGAAAGAAAAGGAACAGAAGGAAAGAAAGACCCUCUUUGCCGAGAGAGAACACAAAAAAGCCACAAUCAAAGCUCUUGAAGCCAAGAUGGCGCGAGUACAAGAGUUCGAGAAAUGGGAAGCGUCACAGAAGAGCCUGGGAAACUUUAUACUGACUCGUGCCAAGCCGCACGUGUACUGGAUACCAAAGAAGAUGACCGACAAGGCUUCAGAGAAGCUGAACUCCAGUAGAAAGUAUCAUGAAAAGUGCAUGGUAAAGAAACGCGCGGAACUGCAAGAGGAACUGCAACGGAUAGAGCAGCGCUGCCUGCGCGCGCGCGGGCCGCAGGCCAAGGAGAACGAGCCCGCCGGCAAGACGGACGACGGCGGCAAGAAGCGGGACAAGUUCACCAACGACGCCGACGACAAGGACAAGGAGGACAGCGACGGGGAGGAGCACCGUGAGGCUCAUGAGGAGCAUAAUGAAGAGAGGCAAGGCAAUGGAGAUGUAGAGGUGAAAGACGAGCCAGUAAAAGAGGAAAGUAAAGUGGACACGACCACAGAGCAGAAAACAACAAUGGAAGAGGAAGAGAAACGAGACGAUUCCCAUAUGUCCGUGGACACCAGUGACCUAUUUUUACGGAACAGUGUGGAGGCCCCGCCGGAGCCCACGGAAGAGUCCUGAAUACUAGACGUAUGAUAGCAUGUUAACAGUGCAGAAUAUGCAGAGGGUUAGAAUUAUAAGGCAUUGGCCUUUAAUUGACGCCGUACUGUUAACUGAACAUUCGUUAGCCCUAUUGCAAAGACAAGGUCCACUAAUGGUUAGUUACGAGAGCUGACGUUUGUGUCGGACCAAGCUAACUCUGCAAGGCAUUUGCAAUGACAAAGUGUGGAAAUGUCAAAAUUGUAUGAAAACUUGACGUUUAACACUCCCUUACUUUGUUCUGUUCAAGUUGGUGCAAAGUUAGUUUAGACCGAGUCUAGUACAUCUGGAAAACAGACAAACUUCUAUAGACAAUGCUGUAUGGUGUCAACCGGAGACCAACGCCUAAAAGCAAAGGAAAUAUUAUGCUGUUAAAUUAUCAGUUUACAUUAGAUCAUUCCUUUUCUUCUCUAAAACAAAACAAAACGUGUUCUCGUUCCAACUGCUAGGAGUUUUUCCUCGGGUCAAAUGUUUUCUCAAGUUCGUGCUUCUGACAGUGUGACUUUUUUUAAAAGAACUAAAAUAUUUCUUCAGAAAGCCACAGGUUUUGAACGUUGGUUAAAGCGUCGAAAACGAGCAUGUUAGGAGUCGCAAGCGUACACAGGCUAUGGUAGCCGCUUACCAUCAGGAUGGCUAUAAUAUCAAUGUGAUAUAAAAAAUAAUCUCGCGCGUCUAGCCUGAGGGUCUACAGAGAAUGUUGAAAUUUCGUUAUUUGCCUCUCAGUUACUCUUGUAUAUUGGAGCGAUAGAGAGGCAGAUAACGAAAUUUCUAUUUUCGCAGUAGAGCCUUUGAUCUAUUUUUCACGGCAUUAUAUUUUCUUUGAUUUGUUCUGCCCUCUACUAGUAUAAGUGUGAAACUUACUAGUGUAUUAUAAAUUGAAAUGUUUACAUUCAGCAUCACUGUGAUUAUAAUUGGGAUGUGUUAUGAAGUGAAUAAACUGCUGACCUUA